AGGAAACCAUGAAUGUGCAUCCAUCAACAGGAUCUAUGGAUUUUAUGAUGAAUGUAAGUAAACGCAGAUUCUCAAUCAAACUAUGGAAAACAUUUACUGAUUGCUUCAAUUGUCUACCAAUUGCUGCACUCAUUGAUGAGAAGAUAUUCUGUUGUCAUGGUGGUUUAUCACCAGAUCUACAAAAUAUGGAACAAAUUCGACGUGUUAUGCGACCAACUGACGUUCCUGACACAGUGUCGCCUAUGCCCGAGUUCGUUGAUUAAUA